UUCAAAAUUUAUAGGACGAAAGUAGGCGGCAGCAUGGAAAAUUAAAUGUUAAGGUGAAGGCACUCUUAGCCGCUUGGCGGGAGAUGAACUCUACCCUUAAUUUUUUAUAUUUCAUUCGUGUGAAAAAUGGAAUUCGACUUGCCGUUCAAUUUUAUGCCAAUAUUCUCUACUAUUUUGUUAAUAAUCGUCACUAUCAUCACGGUCUUGCAAAAACUAAAACUAAGGUGGCCUGUAAAAGUAAACUGUUGGUUUUGUAAUAACGACACUAAGAUUUGGCGGCAACAGCUUAAUUGGUGGUUAUGUCCACAGUGUCAACAAUAUAAUGGUUUUUCUAAGAACGGCGAUUAUGCAUAUAGUAUACCAGAACAAUACAAAAUUUCCUCAAAUGAAAUCAAAAGAUACUGCAGAGUCAGCCAGGAUACAAAAACCAAUAAAAUUGCAGAGAAUGGUCUUUGUAACCAAUGUAUACAAAACGAAAGUUUAAAGAUAUCAAAAUUGUCUACUUAUACGCCUAUGAAUGAAAAGAAUUACGACCACGAGGUGAAACAGUUUAAAGAUAAUUUAGAGCAACAAUACCCAUUGUGUGCGAAUUGUAAAAUUACAGUACAUAAUACAUUACAUAAGCAAGCAAUAUGGCUUGCUAAAUAUAAAAUGUUAUUGUUUAAGCAUAAACCUUUUCGCGUUCUUAUAAAUAAUGCAACAUAUUCUGAACCAAUACUCAGAAUAAUUUCAACAAUAUUAGGCUCUAUGAUAGCAUAUAACUUGGAUUUUAUAUUCUUGCCAAUUGGAGGAUUGUUCUUUCAAUUCUGUGCUUGCUGGGUAGCUUUUGCCAGAAAAAAAAGUUCUGACAUAUUGCUUAUGUUUUUAUGGAUUUGCAUUAUUAUACUUUUACCAUUUAAAGACUUGAAAUUAAUUAAAGCAGAUUUACAGAAUCGAUGGUUUUCUCUUGAAUACAUUACUCAGUACCACAUGAUAAUGUUAUUUGCUUUAAUUAUAGGCUUUAUUAAUAUAAAGCCUAAAUCCCGUAAAAGCACAUUAAAUAAAAAUGUGUCGUUUAAAAAAAUUGAUUCUUUCGGAAAAGAUACUUCAGUAUUAUUUGAUUCGUGUAUGAGAACCUCAAGCGAUAAAUACGAUUUUGAUACUAAAACUACCAAUAGUUUAAGCGAAACAGUUACCAACCAAUCGUCACCAAAUACAGUAAAUAACCAUAAACUUCUUUGUAUGGAAAAUACAAUAACUCCUAAAUCUAUGGUACUCCAAAGCCCUCCUAUAAAUCAAGAAUCACAGUUAUUCUCAGCGUAUAUCAAUAAUAAUAGUGUACUUUACAAUCCCGUAUCUCCGUACAAAAACAGCAUGGUUCAAAACUAUUUGCUAAACGAUAGUUUGAAUACAUUAAGCACAUUGUGUUUGAGCGAAAAUAAACCGAAAUGCACAAUUAAAACACCUAAGAUUUUUGAGAAAAAAGUGUACAGUGUAGAAAGUUCCGAGCUUUUUAAAAAAUUAAAUAACACGUCCGGUAAAAAACAUAUUUUAUCACCGCCGAAACUGAAGUCAGUUACGCAAGCGUCAUGGGUAGCCGGUGGAUAUUGGCAAGAUGGCAUUGAUCCACCGUCAUUAUCUAGAUCAUCCAGCCAAAGUUCUGGCUUCGGUUCUGCAGGCUCUAAUUUUGCUCCAUCCAGAGAGCCAUCUGUGCAUGAGUUUGACCAGUGUUCAGUUAUGUCUGAUGGAACUCAAUCUUAUUAUCUCUCAAAACAAGCUAACAUUAAUCCUAUCGGAUCUUUCUGUCAACAAAGCCCGCAAUUCCCAUACUCGGAACUAAAGCAUUCAAUUAAUAAUCACACAAUGAAAUUCGCAUCAUCCAAUCUCGGUACACCGAAAAAAUUAUUACUGUCUCAGAAUCUACAAACCAAUGGUUCCCUUUUUAUGGAUCAGUGUUUGCAAGGACAGAAUGUAAAUAUCAGUGAUAACAAGAAUUCCUCAGGAAUGCAAACGUUUCCUAGUCAUACCACUAUCAUAACAAGUCCUGUUUGGUUAUCAGCACUUCUAUGUGGUUCGCUUAUAUUAAACAUAAUAGUAUUAUGUACUACUUUGUUACGUUAGACAGGGUAUAAAUCAGUUUUUUCCGUCAUUCAUUCUUAGUUUAGAUUUGCCAUUUAUGUGUAUUUUAGUUAUCGGUUAUCAGUUACAGUGUUUACUGUUUUAACGAGCAGUAAUGCAAGAAAUAGAAUUUUUCGAUCUGAUGAACAGGUAUUAUACUGCCAGUAUAAACUUUUCUGUUGUUAUCAUAGAUGUCUGUUAAUAUAUUAGCAUAAGCGAACAUAACUGAAUAUUACUUUCCUUUUUUAUAUGUAUUUUUAUUAUCGAUCGAAUUUAGACAAUAAACCGAAUAUUAAGUUGAUGGAAUAAUAAUGGAAAGUAAAGGUACUGGUAUGAACAAAAAAUUCGGAUGACAUUCUAAACUGUCAAUCUUGUGAUAAAGAAAAUGUUCUUAAUGUGUGUUCAUUAGUGAAA